CUGAAACAUCGCAGCGUGGCGCCGCCGCCGGACCCAGCUUCUUCCUUGCACCCGGGGCAGGUGAAGCAGGAUGCAAGAAGUCAACAACAUUGAAACUUUGAAACAAGAAUGGGUUUGCAAACCAAAAACUGAUGGCCAAAUUCAGAAUGGUACAGACCAGAAAAGUUGUGAUUUUUUCGUUGAUACCCUCUUUGAAGAAGCUCAGAAAGUUGGAGCUGUAUGCACUCAGCAGGGUAAAGUAAAAAAUCAAGCUGAUACAACUGUUACAUUAUGGAAAAAUGGGUUCACGGUGAAUGACGGUGAACUCCGAAGCUACACCGAUGUUGCAAACCAGCACUUCUUGGACUCAAUUAAAAAAGGGCAAUUACCUCUUGAAUUACAGAAGAUUUGUGAUAAAGAGGAGGUGAAUGUGAAGGUGGAUGAUAAGAAGGAUGAGGUGUACACUUUGAGGAAGCCAGUAUUUCAUCCUUUCUCUGGACAAGGACAUAGAUUAGGAAGUGCCACACCAAGAAUAAUUUCUAAAGCAGAAAGAGAAGUUGAUGAAAUGGAAAAGAGAAAACCAACAGUGGUGUUAAAUUAUUCGGAACCCAUCACUAGAGUCCAGAUCUGGUUUGCAGAUGGAAGAAGGAUAGUACAAAAAUUCAAUAUUUCGCAUAGAAUAAGCCAUGUCAGAGACUUCAUAACAAAUUACGAAGGACGUCAAGGAAGAAGCCCCUUCACACUGACCACAUCACUUCCUUUUCGGGAGUUGCUGAAUGAAUCUCUCACAUUGGAGCAAGCUAACUUAAAAAAUGCUGUUGUUGUCCAGAGACUUAAAAAAGAUACUGAGCCAUUCAGGAGUUUGUCCUAGCAUCCUACAUCAAGAUUGCAUGAGAGACAUCACGAUAGAGUUUCUUAGAGACGAGGGAGACAAUAUCCACCAAAUGGCUGCCCAAUUGGGUUUGUUUCACCAUGCCCAAUGGCGAUCUGUUAGUUGAAGUACUUUAGUCAAAACCAAAAAGAAAUUAAAAAGCAAUAUCUGUGGUGUGUUGUAUAACAUUUACAACGUUGCUUUGAAAGAGCAUAUGGGACGUGCUCUUUCAAAGUAUUACGAGUCUACUCCAAUGCAUUCUCUAAUUCUUUUUCAAAUAUAAAGCCUGGCUAAAAUGUAAAAGGCAAGCUGUCUUACUUAAGCUGUGUGUUCUAGAUAGUUCUAGAUGGACAUUCUAGUGAAAAUCCUAGGCUUCUUUUUUUGCACUUUAAGUGGGGGAAAAUGCACUUUACUUUGGUAAGUUCUAGUAUUUGAUUUCAUUUUUGCCUGGUACUAUAAUCCCAAAAUGCUUUAUUCUCUCAAUGUCACAAUACCAAAUUUAUGGCAAGCUUAUAUCAAUAUUUAAACCUAAAAACUAUGUUCAUACAGUUAACCUAUGAUUUGUUGUUCAAAUAUGUGAGCAACAUAUGAAUGGGGUCAUUUGUAGGUUGUUUACUCAAACUGGAAACAGCUUGCAUUAAUUAACCCAUGAUUUGCUGCUGUGACAUGUGAACUGCCCCUGUGUGGCCAGCAGCAAAUAGGAUAUUGACAGAUCUCUCCCACUGCCUUUCUCUAAGGCAUGGUUCGCACAUAAUGCUAACCCAUGGUAUGGGUUGUUGAAUUCGAAAUUAUUGUGAUGUGUGAAUGCAGCCACAUGAACAACCCACAAACAACCCAGAAAGAGGAAACUAUGCUUUGUUGUUGGGUUGUAAACCUAGGUUGUUUAAAUCAUGGAUUGUUACAUGCAAACCCAGAACUGUGGGUUGUUCAUAGAUUGUUUCGCCAUGCUACAGAGGUGGCAGGCAAGAAUGGCAAAAAACAAACAAACCAGCCACUCAACAUGCCAGUACUACAGCACCACAGAGGUAUUUGAGAUACAGGGAGGGAGUGCGUGAAGGAAGUGGAAAACCAACAACCCAGGGAUUGAGAAAAUUAAUGAUCAUAUGUUUGUUCGUCUACCAGACAAACCCUGGGUAAAGCAACAAACCAUAGGUUAAAUAAACAAUGGAUUAGUGUUACAUGCGAAUCAAGCUUCUGUCUUUAAUUCUAAUUUUAGAUAGAGUUAACAGGGGGAGGGAGUUGAGUUAUGCAACUAGGGGCAUUUUUUCCUUUUAUGUUUACCUCAAAAAUAAGGUCUUUCCUCCUCUUCCAUCCCCCAACCCCAUCCCUACCCUACGAAAGGCUCUGCACAAGGAGCUGUCACACUAGUUCCCAUCUUCUAGUUAUCUGAACAUUAGUCACAAACAAGUUAGAAUGCCACAUCAGGGAUUCACAAUCUGACUGAAGGGUUCAGGCCUACAGAGGCAAGGUAAUAAAGUCAGGCUUGGAGACCUGGAGUUUUUCUAUUGGGAGAGAGUAUCCCUGAGAGAAGUAGUUUCAUUUCUCUGGUUAACCUUCACUCCCUGGUUAUGUUUAAUUCCUUCAGGUUUGAAAUGAUACUUUCAGGUUUUGGGAGAAGAGGGGAUAAAAGAAGAGAGCCAAACAGAGAGGCAGAGCCAGGGAAACACCAGAGUAUGAGGAAGAAGCCGCAGAGAAAAGCCUAAAUAUAUAUAUAGGGUAACGGAGUUGCAUUUUGUACCAUGGAGCUGUAUUGACUAAAUACCUUUUAUUGUAAUUUGCUCAUUUUAAAAUAUUAGUAAAGUGUGUUAAACCUCAAGUGUCAGGUGUGCCAAUUACCCCACGUCUAUAGCCUAAAUCCCAUGUUACUGGGAAGAGGAAGGUGGGCAGAGAUCCUUAAGGAAUUGCUCAGGGGGUCCAAGACAUAGAAGGAACCCUGAUACGGACCCUUCAUGGGAAGUCAUUCCAUCUUCUUGGGGUGAUUGUAAUUAUGACACUGCUCUUAGCUGCUGACUAUUCCAGUUCCUGUAAUGGGAGAAAAUGGAACAGGGCUUCCAUUUCCCCAAGGGAAAGCAUUUGUAUUUUAGGCUGGGUAACCUGGAAUGCUGUAAAAACCAUGAAUAGAGAUUUAUAUUGCCUCUACAUUUUAAACACUCUUGAAGAAUGGACUAUUUAUUUAUUUAUUUGCACAUGGACACAUACACAGUAUGCACACUCCAAAUCUUGUUGUGUUUUUUAAUGAAUAAACACAUUGAGGUGUCAUUGCCAUUACACAAUGUUGUUAAUAUUCACAUCCUUGUAUAGAAAACAAGCUUGACAUUAUUUUUUCUAUACUUCUGUUAAAAAAUGAAUAGAAGAAAUUGUUGAAUUUCUGAUCAUUUUUCAUUUAUGAGCCAGUGUGGUUUAGUAGCUAAGGUCUUGGAUUGGGAGUCAGGAGAUCUGGGUUCUAGUCCCCACUUGGCCAUGGAAACCCACUGGGUGACUUUGGGCCAGUCACAGACACUUUAGCCCAACCUAACUCACAGGGUUGUUGUGAGGAUAACAUGGAGAGGAGGAAGAUUAUGUACACUGCCUUGGUUUCUUUGGAGGAAAAAAGGUGGGAUAUAAAUGUAAUAAAUAAAUAAAUUUAUCUUUGUUGUAAAUAUGAAAAUUCAUCGGUUUUACUGAUGUGAAUCAGUGGUGAGUUCCUGCCUUUAUGCUCCCACAGUGAAAGAGUUCUGUGUGAUAUUUACACCUGACAAAAUAUCACACCAGAUUAAUGCACUUUCCUAUUUCCAUGUAGGAUAUUUGGUCAUGUGUGAAUUAAACCUUGUGCAUGGAGAUAUUCACUUUACUUUAGUAACAAAAUGAAAUAUGCAUAAAGCUGCUAAACAGCAGUAUGCUGACCUGUGCGUGUGAUUGUUGAGUUGAUUCUUCAAUACACACACUUAACUGUCUUUGUGCAUUCAAUAAUCAUAUUGUAUGUUGAUUGUACCCUAUCAUUUGUACUGUUUUUUAAAGCUGCAUAUUUUUUUCUUAAAGCAUAGAGCAAUACAUAGUAUUAUCCAAUCUACUAACAUUGUCAGUAAUUAGGAAAUUUUGCUGUUUUUUUCUGUUCUUAGCUUUAGAUAGUACCAUGUGUAUUUCUCAAAGAAACCAAUCAUUGUGUCUUGUUUCCUGUAAAUCCAUUUUAAAAAAAAGUGCCUGCUAAUUUUUCACAUUUUUCACAUGAGAAGGCCUGCUUUUUUAUGUAUGAAAAGAAGAUGGGAUUGUUUCUCUAAAAAGCUGGGUAUUGAUAUCAAUAUCAAUUUGUGUACAACUGAAUCUGUUAGCUCUUUCGUUGUGUACCUAGGCAUUGAUUUUACCAAGGACGCCCAAUUUAGUAAUAGCAUCAACAUUAUUUUGUAAUAGCAUCAACAUUAUUUACAUUCAAACCCCCACACGCUGUAUGUUUUCAUGAUGUUCUAGUGUCAUACUUCUUUGAAUUUAGUGCCUUAAUAUACCAUCAUGCAGCAAAGUCAAAGUAUGAAAAAUAUUUUAAAUGGGUGUUUUUUCUAGAAGCUAGACAGUCAGCUUAGAUUAAAAUGCAAAAUGUAUUAUUUUAUUUCUUAAAAGUGGUUGAAAAGCAGCUUGACUUGAUGUUAUCAAGCAGCUUGAUAGUGCCAGAGAUCAGAAAAUGAGAUCAGAAAAUGAAUGGCAACACUCUCUGGGUAUACACAAUGCAGGCAUUCCUCUAUAACUAUAUUUCCCUAUUGGAGGAAACUAUGCUUAGUGUUUCACAUCUGUACUAGUAUUUGUGCAAACUAUGCAUAAUUAGUACAAACUUCCGUUUGCAGACCCACUUCUGACCAAUGUUAGGGUAACAAGAAGAUGGGAUGAACAAGUUGUUUAAAAAUUUUAAAGUUUGCAAUCAAGGAAUGCAAUGUGCAGUGCAAUCUACUAAGACAUGAGCCCCAUUGAGUUCAAAUGGGAUUUAGACGUAAAUGAACAUCGGACUGAAACCAUGACAUCCAGAUAUUUGAAGCCUGGAUAAUGGGGUUUAUUAUCAGAAGUACUAGUACUCGAAUCAUGUACAGACUGGAUAUGUUUAAAGAUUAAAUGAGAAUUAUUCAUGAUUUUAAGCGCAAGGUUUUGUUUUAUAACUAUUUUCAGUACAAUACUGAACUGGAAAGAUGAAGCACAGUGUUUAAAAGGGCAUAUUUGUAGGAUUAUUUGUAUUUAUUCAAAUUGAAGUUUGGAGAAAAUAUUAAAAGCACUGUUUGAACCUGAA